CGGAAAAGGCGGGCGACUGAACGAAAAGUGAUUUUGAUACAGUUUAACAACAACGAGUACAGCAAAACAAUCACUGGUACAAUUGGGUUAUAAUAGUCACUACAGGGUUACCAAAAGACUCAGAAUAUUUGUGAUAUCGAUGCAUUAUCUAAUAUUUUUUGGUGGAUUACAAUCUUUCUUAUCAACUUCAAAGGAUUGUUAAGUCGUAUUUCUGCUAGAAAAAAUUUCAUUCAUGGUCAAAUUACGGGAAAGCGUUAACUAUUUGCGGCAUUUUGAAAAACACCAGCUGUUCCGUCAGUCCUAUUUUACCAUAGUUGUAAGAUCGACGGAAAAUCACGAAUAAUCUUUUAUACCUAUAAAAGCGUUUCUUUGCUUCCAAGUUUUAAUUAUCUACUCACCAUAUAUUUUGACAAGUGUAACCUAUCAACAAAUCAGUUUGAAUAAGAAUGUUUCUGAAUACUUUGUCACCCAAAUUUUAUGUGGCUCUAACGGGAACAAGCUCCUUGAUAUCGGGGCUUAUUUUGAUUUUUGAGUGGUGGUACUUUAAAAAGUACGGAAAGUCGUUUAUCGAACAGAUUUCCUGGACCCACAUAUACCCACUCAUCGGUGGAAGUGAUGAAGAUAAUGAAUGUGAUAGUGUGGACUCUAAUGGUCCGCUAGCGUCUACACAAGAGUGUAAGGUGUGGAGAAAUCCUUAUAGUUUGUUUAGAGGGGCGGAGUAUCGAAAGUUCUUCCACGAAACAGGUCGUGACCCCCUGACGUAUUAUGAUAUGAACUUGUCUGCCCAAGAUCAUCAGACAUUUUUCACGUGUGAAGCAGAUGGCGGAAAGCCUGAGUAUGAAAUUAUGCAACUUUCGUGGCGAGAGCGGAAUCACGAAGAAAGAAUCAAAAAGACGAAGGAGGCCUUGGCUAAGAACCCAGAAUGUGCAACUGCAAUGAUCUUGCUUGCAGAGGAGGAGUGCUCCUACAUAGUAGAUGUGGAAAAAGUAUACAAACAAGCAUAUAAAGUUGCUGAGACAAAUCUUCGUCGUUCUCAACAGCUUCAAAACCACAGUCCAGCGCAUGAAUCAAUGUAUCGGAGAGAUAUACAUGCAUUUGUUUUCAUUCGACGUCGACUUGCAAUGUGUGCAAGGAAAUUGGGUAAAUUGAAAGAAGCAAUAAAAAUGAUGAAAGAUCUCAUAAAGGAAUAUCCAAAUUUAAAUCUUUUCAAUAUCCAUGAAAAUCUCAUUGAAUGCUACCUAGCUGCCCAACAAUAUGCUGAUGCUCAGGCUUUCCUAGCUAAAUACGAUGAUAUCAACUAUCCGAAAUCAGCUACUAUAUGUUACACUGCAGCUUUGCUUAAAGCCAGACAAGUAUCUGAAAAAUUUUCUCCGGACUUAGCGUCACGUAGGGGUUUGAAUGCAGCUGAACUGAGUGCUGUUGAAGCUAUUCAUCGGGCUGUUGAAUUUAAUCCACAUGUGCCAAAAUAUCUUCUUGAAAUGAAACCUCUAAUAUUGCCUACAGAGCACAUUUUAAAACGUGGCGAUUCUGAAGCCAUUGCCUAUGCAUUUUUUCAUUUAGCUCAUUGGAAGGCUGUAGAAGGUGCAAUUAAUUUAUUAUAUUGUACAUGGGAGGGAACUUUUCGACUCAUUCCAUAUCCUCUAGAAAAAGGAAACCUCUUUUAUCCAUAUCCCCAUUCAACUACAGCAACUGAUCGAGAACUUUUACCAAGUUUUCAUACACUAUCUGUGUAUCCGAAAAAAGAUGUGCCAUUUUUUAUUCUAUUUAUUGCAACUCUAUGCUCUUUAACAGCUAUACUUACAUGUUUAACUCAUGUAUAUCCUGAACAAAUGGGAUCACUUUCUAGUAAGGUGAGUACAAAUAACUUUUCAAAAGUGAUUUUUUUAUGCCUAAACGGUACUAUAAGUUAAGCAUAAUCGCCACUAGUAUUUGAAGUCUCAAUAUGAGUACUAGAAAAACAACAGAAAACGUUCAAUUACACAUUUUCUAUUCCUAAACUACUUACAUGAUAAAGUCAAUCAACUGUUUUAUGACACAACAUUGGAUACGACUGAUCACGUAAUGGAUGCGAUUAUUUACCUCAUAUCUAAAAUAUUAGUAGUUUGUUCAGUUGCCCUUUUAUUUAUUUUUAUGGUAUUUUCUAUGUAUUAAUAAUUCUUAGAUUAUGUGGGCUUACAGUAUAGUAAACAAUUUAACUUGACGUUUCGUUCAGUUUCAUUGAUGGACACUACCGCUUAGAUUCUGAAACCAACUAAUUUUCCUUCUUUCACAGACUCUCAACUGGUUUUUCAGUCCAAUCAAUUAUCUAUUGGAAAAACUAGAAGGAUUACUAAUUUUGUUAGCUCCAACGUCUGCUCGAAAGCUUUUAACUUAAACAACUUAAUAAUAAUUCACGUUCAAAAAAGCAUUUUUUCCCUUCAGAUGACAAAUGUUUCAGUCUUAAUGUCAUAAUGUUGCUUUUUCGUUGUUUAUUUCUAUUGCAAUACUGUUGUUUUGUUCGGUACUUACUUUUCCGAUGUUUCACUAAUAUCAUAACUAGCUUUAAACAAUAUUUAUUUGUGUUUUGUCCAUAAAAGUAUAGUCCGCAGACUACUAUGAAAAAAAUAAUAUAUAUAUAUAUAUAUAUAUA